AUGGCGUCCGCCUCUUCCGCGGAGCCCAUGUCAUGGACACCCAUCGACCUCACAGACAAGCACGAUGAGUUCCCGCACCCAGCCGCGAAACGCGCCCAGGUGCAGCCCACGGGCACCGACUUUAGCAAGUCCCCUUUGAGGUGCAUGUAUGAAUGCCAGCGCAAAGGAUGGACAGGCCAAUGCAUCCGCACGCUAGCGGAGGAGAACAAGUGCAUCAACCGCAUGUUCAGCGGAAGCGAGUCGGUCGGGCCGGACAAGGGCCUGUCUUGCACCAUGUACAUGAACUCGGGCUGCAAGGGCGAUUCGGAGGAUGGGUUCAGAUACCCCGGGUGGGACAAGGACUGGAGCGUCGAUCCGUGGCGAGGGGUUUUCAAGAGCGCACCGAAGAGUUGGAAAUGCAAGUUUGAGUAG